AGGAGAGGGGGAAAAAAAGACCGAGAGAAAGAAACAGACAGAAAGAAGAGAGAGAAAAAAAAGGAAAAAAAGUGGGCGCCGUGCAUUUCCAGCCCCUGAUAAAGCAAAGGCACCCUGCGAGUGAGGGAAAGCUGCCGAGGAGGAAGAAGAGGGAGGGAAUCACAGGUGAACCUCCCGGUCGUCGCCUUUAAUUCAUUUAUUUGGAAACUCUACCUGCGCCCGGCGCGCUCUCCGUCCCUGGCUUGGGAAGCGUCGCAGCGCAGGCACUUGAGCGCAGCUGGCCAAAAGCAAAAAAAAAUUAAAAAGAGGCGCACGAUCCGCGCGCAGCUGCUCUGGGUUUGCUGGUUGAUAAAAGUCCCACCCGGCUUCGUAGACCUCGCAAGCGGCGGCGGCAGAAGCACCACCACCACGGGCGAUCGGGAGCAGGGAGGGGGCGUCGCAGGCAGGCAGCCGACUUUUCUCGCUCUCGCUGCGCGGUCCCCGAGCCAGGCGAGCGCGGAGCCAACGCGCUGCCGCUGCUUCUCCUUGUUGCCUCAACUACCGGCGAUGACCUCCGUCCUGGGCACCGGCCGAGCACCGGGAGGGCCGGGGAGCCAACUGAAAUGCAAGUCCAAGAGGAGGCGGAGGAGGCGGUCGAAGAGGAAAGCAGAGAAUGCAGGGUGGGUUCACACCCUGAUUCCUCGGAUGUCUCAGCGCUUGCAGGAACGUUGUAACACUCAGCUCAGCUCGUGGCUGGAGGCGACAGACAACCGCCUCACCACGUGGCUGGAGCCGCCACACGAAAAAGUAAGCAUUUUGUCAACUUUCAUCGCGCCCUUCAAGUAUUUAAGUCCUGGUGCAGCAAAUAUGGAAGACGAAGACAAUUUAAGUACGAGCAGUGCAGAAGUAAAGGAGAAUCGUAACAUUGGCAACCUAGAAGAUCAUCCAAUCACCUCUAACGAAAGGUCAAGGGUGGGCGCUUCCAGUAUCAAAAGGAAAAGGCCUCUAGAAGAGGGCAACAACGGACACUUCUGCAAACUCCAGCUCAUCUGGAAGAAAGUCUCGUGGUCAGUAACGCCAAAGAACGCCCUGGUUCAACUACAUGAACUUAAGCCAGGUUUACAGUAUAAAAUGGUCUCCCAGACAGGCCCUGUCCAUGCACCGGUAUUUGCAGUUGCCGUGGAAGUAAAUGGGCUGACAUUUGAAGGCACCGGACCAACGAAAAAGAAGGCCAAAAUGAGGGCUGCAGAACUUGCCCUCAAGUCUUUUGUUCAGUUCCCCAACGCAUGUCAAGCUCACUUUGCCAUGGGGAAUUGUUUCAACCCUUCCACAGACUUUACGUCGGACCAGGCGGACUUUCCAGACACUCUGUUCAAGGAGUUUGAACCAUCGACGCACAGUAAGGACUUCUCGGUCUACAACCCAGUUAAUAAUGAACUGCUUUCUACAGCCUACCGGCACGGGAGGUUGCUAUACCACACCUUGGACUUAAUGGGCCACACCAAACAAAACAAGCGCAAGAUGGCGUCCGCCGCUGAGAGCGAAAAGAACCCAGUGGUGUUGCUCAAUGAGUUGCGGUCAGGACUGAGGUACGUCUGCCUUUCGGAGACUGUGGAGAAGCAGCACAUCAAGAGUUUUGUGAUGGCUGUAAGAGUGGAUGGGAGAACAUUUGAAGGCUCGGGACGUAGCAAGAAGCUGGCUAAAGGUCAAGCAGCACAGGCUGCGCUACAGGCCCUCUUUAACAUUCGGCUGCCCAGUCACAUUCCCAGCAGGAGUAAAUGUAAUCAUUUGCCACAGGAAUUCGCUGAUUCCCUCUAUCAAAUGAUUACGCAGAAGUUUCAAGAGGUGACAGAUAAUUUUGCUGCCAUCUAUGCACGUCACAAAUCCCUUGCAGGAAUCGUCAUGACCAGAGGUUUGGAUGUCCGGCAGGCUCAGGUUAUUGUGCUGACAUCGGGUACCAAGUGCAUAAAUGGAGAAUACCUUAACGACCAAGGGCUCGUGGUCAACGACUGCCACGCAGAGAUUGUGGCACGGAGGGCCUUCCUUCACUUCCUUUACUCGCAGCUGGAGCUUCACCUGAGCAAACGACAAGAAGACGGCGAGCGAUCAAUCUUCGUGCGGUUAAAAGAGGGAGGCUACAGGCUAAAAGAGAACAUUCUGUUCCAUCUGUACGUGAGCACUUCGCCCUGUGGAGACGCACGCCUCAACUCCCCCUAUGAAAUCACAACGGACUUGAACAGCAUUAAGCACAUAGUAAGGAAGUACCGUGGGCAUCUUCGAACGAAGAUUGAAUCUGGGGAAGGAACCAUUCCAGCCCGAUAUCCCAGUGCGGUGCAAAUGUGGGAUGGUGUGUUAUUGGGGGAGCAGCUGGUCACCAUGUCUUGCACAGACAAAAUUGCCAGGUGGAACGUCCUCGGCUUACAAGGUGCUCUCCUCAGCUACUUCAUUGAGCCUGUGUACCUGCAUAGCAUUAUUGUGGGGAGCCUCUCUCACACCGGACACCUUUCACGGGUAAUGAGCCAUAGACUAGAAGAUGUCGGUCAACUGCCAGCCUCAUACCGGCGCAAUCAGCUGCUCCUGAGUGGAGUGAGCAACGCCAAGAUGCGGCAGUCAGGGAAAUCACCUGGUUUCAGUGUGAAUUGGAUAGCGGGCACUACAGACCUCGAGCUUAUUAAUGCAACAACAGGAAAAAGGAACUGCGGGAGUCCUUCACGACUCUGCAAGCACCUGUUUUACACUCGAUGGGCAAAGCUUUAUGGAAAGCUGAGCACACAGAUAUUAAGCCAUGGAGAUCUGCCCUCUGUGUACAGCGAAGCCAAACUGCUGGCGCACACAUACCAGUCUGUCAAGCAGCAGCUGUUUAAAGCAUUUCAGAAAGCCGGUCUGGGCACCUGGGUGAAAAAGCCCCCGGAGCAAGAUCAGUUCCCGCUAACUGUGUGAAUCAUUUGGCACUUCUGUGCCGUGACCCCAUCAAGCUGACUGAAGAUGGAGAGAGGGGCAGGAGAGGACCGCAGGAGCUGGCUGCGUGACGGAUGCUGUCCCAGACUUACCUCCGGUAGAAGCAUCUCAAUUUGGAAAUCCUAACAAUGCAUUAAGUAUAAGAUUACGUUCUGAUUAAUGCACUGAACUUGACUUUAGGAAACUGCUUUUGCAUACCCUUCUUCCCUUCUCAAGGAUGUACAAAGCCCAGGUUACAAAAAUGACCUUCACUGUUUGUUCCUUGUUUCGUAGCACAUUACAGAUCACUGUAAUUAUCCAACUGGCACCUGCAUUUUGGGCAACAGCAGGUCCCGCUUCUAGCUAAAAGAAAAAAGAAAAACCCUGCCGUGUUCCCCCUUCAUCGUUAGUGCAAUAAUUAACAUUGGAGAAUGAGAGGUUUUUCUAGGUAGCAAACACAUGCAGGUAACUUUUAGAAUCAGGACGCCACAGAAGGUCACCGUUUGCACUGAAACACAAGAGGAAAGCCCUCUCUCUGUGUUUGUGUGUGUGAGUGUGUGUGUGUGUAUUUGUGUCUAAAGAGUUAGGAUAAUUCAAACAGAUAAAAAUACAACAAAUAUUAUGCCCCUGCAUCUAUGAACAUAGGCUUGAAAGUGUGAUCAGUGUCCACUAACAUCUUAAAACCCAGCAGAGAUGGGCAGAGUCACCUGUUAUCAGGGAAAGCGGCUUCUGCUGGCCUGAACAGCAGCUCUGAUCACCUUUCCAAGACGCAGAAUAAAGUAUGCCAAAAACAAGCAAACAAGCCUAGCAGCCCCUUUCUGCUGGAUGAAACUGUAGCAUCUGCACAGACACAAUUUCAUGGAGGACAACAUCCUGUGAACCAAACUCUCAGAAACAUCCAUAGCUCCCCAGUUCCCAUAAAUUGCGCUGGCUGAAAAGAGAGACACCAGUGGUUCUUUCUCCAUGUGAAUACAGACCAAGUGCGUCACAUGAAGUUAUUUUGUGACAUGUGAAAUAGUCGCAUAAGUCAGGACACACUCUUUUCUGUAAAUGUGCAAACUGGUCCCUAAUUUGCCAGUACAGCAGUCCUCUGAUACAUGAGAAAUGUUAUUUAGGAUGCCCAAAGAGAAACAUAGAAAAUCUAAGCAACUCCAGAAUUAACCUCUACCCCAAUUGUAGUAUUGUUUUUGGGUUUUGUUUUGUUUCUUUUUUUGUCUUUGCAAAUGACAGGAUUUGCGGGUAUACCACCACUGUUUUGUUUUUAACCUUGUGGUUUUCAUGAAAUGUGUAUAUAUUUAACAAGCUGCUACUUAUCUGUGACCUGUCUUAGUGUCCUUUCUUAGAGCUAUCCAAUACUUUUCAAACACAAGCACAUAGCUCAUUCUCACUGCCCUCCCCCACUGAAUUUCCUUUAUGCUACACUUUCUUCCUUUUCGCCAGUAAAACUAGCCAUAUUCAGUAAAUACAUCCAUGCAUCGAUGCCCAGGCAAUAGUAAUAGCUACACUAUUUUGAUGAAAUUUUUAUUUUUUAGAUUAUAAAUUACAAGAUGUAUCUAUAGUGUCUUGUACAAAUGAUAUGAUUGUGAUAAACUAGAAUUUUUAAAGAUUAAAAAUAAAAAGAACUCUUCCCCUUACAGAAAUGUUUUCAAAAAAAUAAUACAUUCCAUAUUAACUACCAAAAAAAAUUUCCUUAGAGUACAAAUAGUAGAAGAUCUGAAUUGCUUUAAUGAGUUAGGAAUGGAUACUAAUGAUAUUUUAGGAUAGAAAGUGCUCCAUUUCUAAAAUAAGAUGUAACAGGCCUUUAAGCCUUUCAAAAAGUCGUUACCGUAAUUUGGUCUGGAAAGCAUUUUGCCCUUAAUACCAGAUGUGUUGGGUGCAGUAGGGAGAGAGAGAUUUGGGUCAGAAUCCAGAGAAACUGGUUACCUGGGUCUUUCCCCCCUUUUUUUGAAGAUGGGGACAGCAUUUGCCCACCUCCAGUUUGCGGGGGCCUUGUCUGUUUUCCUAGAAUUCUCAAAGAUCAUAGAUGGAGGCUAUGGAAUGAAUGGAAUUUAUCCAGUGACCUGUGCCCUAUGCAGCCUGACUUUAUGCAUGUUUGCUAGGAAGUAAACCCCAUUGACCAAUGGUACUUACUCCAAAGUGAAUGUGUAGAGGAUUGCAGCCUGAACCCCGCUGAAUUGUAAUAGGACUUUAGCAUCAUUGAGGGCCUGUACAUAUUUGGGGAAAUCACAUGGUUAGGAAAGCAUGUGGCUAUCACAUGUUUGAAUGCUCCCACUCAUCCCCCCCCAAAAAAAAAACAAGCAAAAAAAAACCUUGCACAUUCAAACCAUACUAAUUUUCUAUGCAGGGAGAUUAAAAAGUAAAUGGGAAAAAGCAGAGCUGGGACCAGGUUUCCGGGAGCUCCUGGACAUAGCAUUACUCCCCCUUCUCUUUCCUCAUCAAACUGCACACCUCUCGGCUCUUGACAAUAAUCCCCUAUUGUGAAAGAAAAACAAUACAAAAUACCGGAUUUUUGAAAUUCCCAGGCAGAAAUUAACCUAUUUUCUAUCUCUGAACUUCAAAGGAUUUGUGAUGCUUUGCCAUUCUAAUGAUACGUGGAUCUUGUGAAUAGUCUCUCAUAGCCUGGGAUGCCACAUGUUCAACACAGUACACAAGCCACUGAGAAAUAAAUGUCAAUCUUGCCUGUUUUGUUCUUUCAUCCACUUUAGUUUUCACACACACAAAGUGUGUGUUGGGUGUAGAGCCUAUCUUUUCCUGACAUUUACAGAGAACAUCUGGGGGUGGGGAGGGAGUUUAUUUGAAGUCCUAGCAUAUUACAUUUCUCCAUCAAGGUUUUCUGCUCAGAACGUGCCCAUCUGUGCUGAGAUAUGAGCAGGCACUCAAGUCUUGACCUUACAAGGCCGUAAUAACUCUGUGGCACUGUUCUAUCAAAGCAGCAGGUCAAACCAAGAACAGGAAGAAAGAUUAAAGGAUUCUCUCUGCUAUUUUUUAAGCAUUAAAUUCAAUUUCUCCCAAAAAAGACAUUCACAAUACAAUAAUUUGGCUCCAGCUCACCUAUUAAGCAAGGGUACUUAAGUGUAGAAAAAUGGCACACUGAGGAAACUUUCAUCACAGGGCUCACAUGCUGAUGGAAUGAAAAGUUUCACAUAAACACAAACACAGUGGGACGCAUUGACCUGCCUCAGUCCAUCAAAAACCCUCAUAAAUUUUUCAAAAAAAGUUAAGUCACCACUGGUGUGUGGUGUAGAAUAAACAUUCAUUGAAGGAAAAGAUUUGAUGCUGUUAUUACUGUUACACGUAUGCCCAUUCCUUUCCUUCAAGGAGAUGAAGGUUCAGCAUACAUGGUUCUUCCUCUCCUCCUUUUGUUCUCACAACAACCCUGUGAGGUAGUUAGGCAGAGAGCUAGGCCCAAGGUCACCCAGUGAGUUUCGUGACUGAGAGGGGAUUUGACUCCUAAUAACACCAGCUCUCUUAGUAUGAUAAACAUGGAGCCUGGGGUGUAAGGUUCAAACAGGGGCCUUUUAAAGAACAGCCUGUAUGCCAAACAGGAUUGAUAUACUGCUUAAUCACCCAAAUCUCUUUGCAUAACAUAUACAUUAAAAAUACAGAUAAAAACAUAUUAAUCUCGACAUGUAGUGUCACUGUAAGGCAUUACAAAUAGACAACUUCCCAAAUUAAAGAGAUAAACAUUAGACCUUCCAAGCAACAAUUAUGGUGAGGAGAAAGAACAAAUAUACAAAAAUGAAGGAAAAAUCCUUCAGAUUUGAACACUAAGCAAAGCAGAGAGUAAAGGAAAAAUAGAACAGUGUCAUUAAGACAUACAAAGGGAGAUUUCAUUGCACUCUCUUAUACCUUAACAGAUCAUUGUAACAAAGGGAAGGGGGACAGAAAAUAAAAUAUAAAGGGCUGUUUUUUCCCCUAAAAGGAUUUUCUAGCAAGGAGAAAUCUGAAGUGAUUUACUUCCCCCCUCUUUAAAAAGAACCCAAAGCUAUUCCCCACACAGGCCAGCAUAUUGAAGGGCAUUAUAGAAGUACUUAGUAGGUAGCACAAAAUAAUUAAACAUAAAGAAGCUGGAACUCUGCACAUGCUUGAGCGCAUACAUGACAGUCCCAUGAUUGGCACAGCACAGCAAACUAAGCAGAAUUCUAAACCCACUUCCUUUCCUUGCCCUUACCUUCAUAGAAGCUGGCUUUCAUCCAGCACCCCGCCCAUACAAUAGGACUUUCUGUUAUAAUGUGAAUUUUGGUGAGUGCAAAGGGAACUAUAUCAUAUGAGGCCUGAAGAAAAUCAGAGCUCUCAAAUGUUUAUCUGACUCCAGCAAACUUCUGUGAAAAGUAGAGGUUUGAAACAGCCUCCGGAUUUCUGCAGCACAGGCCCUUGCCCCAAUUGGCCACCUACAAAAAUGCCCCAUAUAUUAUGCCCUGAAAAAUAUUUGUGGUGUUUUCCAAGUUUACUCACCCUUUGUGUUAAUCUCCCACCUACCCACCCACUCCUGGGAUCUUCUCUGGGCAGAACAGCCCAAUACUGCAGAAAUACCAAAUUGCCAAACCAUCUCUUGUCAUUGAAGGCAAGGCAAAAGAAACAAACAAGAAAUGUGGCAAAAUUCUGUGGGCUAUGUUUGAUAACUCCAUUGAAAGCCCCGGAGAAUUCUUUUUGUUUGACUCCAUGGCCCCCCAAGGUUGAUUCCCCCAUGCGAUGCUCUGUUGACGCAUUCUGACAAAACCCAUUGCUCAGCACCACCUCUGCAUUUCCUGAAGCAAGGGAGAAUGACUCGUGAGGAUAUUCUAAAGGGAAGACAAUGUACAUAUGCGAGCAUGAGUGAAUGGCAAUACUGUACGAAUGGAUGUACAUUUGUAAGAUUUGUACAAACAGAAUUAAAUCUGAAUUUACAGAUGUGAAUUUGCUGCUAAGUUCUGUAAAUUGCACUUCAGUGAUACCUGAUAAGUGAAUGUUUCUGUUAUAAGUGAAUAAAACGCCAAGGAAAAGAAA